AUGAUCUUACGGAUAUUACACCUGUUGAGCUUUCUCUCAAUAGUUUGCGCUUUACAUGUACAGCGAAAUGACAAGCGAACAUUCGACGAUUUAAGCGGCUUGUGGACUUUUGUACGCGAAACGACAAACACUGGUGAUAUCGGCAUUGAGAAUAAAUGGUUCGAGAAAGAUUUGAGAGAGUUCAAGAAUCAUACAGUGAUGCCGGUGCCCUGUGCCUACAAUGAUAUGGCUGCAGAUGCGGAGUUGAGAGAUCACGUCGGAUGGGUUUGGUAUCAGAGAAACGAGAUCAUCUCACAGAGAGACAACGACUUUCGAUUGUUCCUCCGUUUCGAGUCAGCUCAAUAUUUCGCGGUUGUGUACUUCAACGGAAAAGAAGUUGGUCGACACGUUGGUGGACAUCUACCCUUUCAAUUCGAGGUCACAAAACAGGUGAAAUUCGGUGCGAAAAACGUGAUCACAGUUGCGGUGAAUAACACGCUCUCGUGGGCGACAAUUCCACAAGCUGAUUUCAACUAUAUGGGGAAUUUAGAGCGAAACACGAGCCGAUUUGAA